AUGGCUCGCAUGGGGGUCGUCAAAGACAAAAGAGGGACGAUAUCCCAUGUAGUUAGGCUUGUUGAUCCAUUUCUAAGAAAAGUUGAUAUUGAUAAACAAGAACCAAACAAUAUCUUUGAAGAUUUUUGUCACCUUAAAUCGAAGAAAAUGGGGCAGCUCGAGGACUGUGUUGAAGUCAAGGAGAGGCAAUUUCCUAACACAGAGGUUCAAAAUUCAUUAAAGCAAGAGAUUCUAGAUCUUCAAGACCGAUUGCAGGACCAGGUUUUGGUACGCCGUUCCUUGGAGAAGGCACUACGUAGUAGGCCUUUUUCCCCUGAUAUCAUGACUGAUAAGUCAAUCCCCAAGCCUGCUAAGGAUCUGAUUAAGGACAUUGCAGUAUUGGAACUGGAAGUAGUGUAUAUGGAACGAUAUCUUCUCUCUCUGUACAGAAAAACAUUUAACCAACAAGUAUCUUCUCUGUCAACCAAGGAUGAAAGGGAGGAUGAGAGCAUCAAAACGAGUUCAAACAUACGUAAAGGAAUGUUUCCAGAAGUUCCUAGAAAUGAUAUCAUGUCUAACGAGGACAAUUCCGCUGAUUAUGCAAGUCAUCUUACUUCACUAACCAAGGAAUGCAGUGGCACUUUGGGACCGGCAAGGCUGUUAGAUUCCGGCAUUCAUCGAUGUCAUUCCUCAAUAUCUCAGCGGUCUAUUGGAACUUCUCCUCCAACGCGAUCUAUAGCCAGAGCAGUAGACUCAUACCAUUCUCUCCCACUGUCAAUGCUGGAGCAAACUCGGAAUGAUGCUUCAAAUGCAAUCAGUCUAGCAGAUCAUCUUGGAACUUCUAUGCACUAUGAUAUACCAGAGACGCCCAAUUGGCUUUCUGAGGAGAUGAUUAGGAGAAUCUCAGCCAUAUAUUGUGAACUAGCAGACCCACCUUUGACCAAUCCUAAUUAUGCUUCCUCACCCAUUUCAGUCUCUUCAUCACCAAACGAGUUUCCAUCACAAGACCAUGGUGAUAUAUGGAGCCCCCAGUAUGGGAACUUUUCAUCCUUCAAUUCAUCACUUGACAACCCUUUCCACGUUGGAGCCUCCAAGGAAUUCAGUGGACCAUACUGCUCAAUGGCCAAGGUCCAACGCAUUUGUAGGGAUAGUCAAAAGCUGAUAGAUAUUCAACAUAAACUACAAGAUUUUAGGUCACUUGUCUCUCAGCUAGAAGGGGUUAAUCCUAGAAAGAUGAAACAUGAGGAGAAGCUAGCGUUUUGGAUCAAUGUGCACAAUGCACUUGUGAUGCAUGCAUAUUUAGUUUAUGGAAUUCCGCAAAAUAAUAUGAAAAGGCUGUCUUUAAUACUCAAGGCAGCAUACAAUAUUGGGGGUCAUACAGUUAAUGUAGACAUGAUACAGAGUUCUAUUCUGGGAUGCCGGUUGCUCCGUCCAGGACAGUGGCUACGACAGCUAUUUUCUCUGAAGACGAAAUUCAAGAUCGGAGAUGGAAGGAAAGCUUAUUCUAUUGAUCAUCCUGAACCUCGGUUAUAUUUUGCACUUUGUGCAGGAAGUCAUUCUGAUCCUGCGGUUCGAGUAUACACUCCUAAGAGAGUGUUUGAGGAUCUGGAAGCUGCAAAGGAAGAGUACAUCCAAUCAACAUUCAUUGUACAUAAAGAAAAGAAACUCCAUAUACCGAAGAUUGUGGAGUCUUUUGCUAAGGAUUUGGAACUUUGCCCUGCUGGUUUGGUGGAAAUGAUAGAGCAUUUACUACCUAAUUAUUUCAGGAAAAGAAUUCAGGAGUGUCAGUACAGAAAAUUUGGCAAGAACAUUGAGUGGAUUCCACACAACUUCGCGUUUCGCUAUCUGCUUUCCAAGGAAUUAGCCUAG